ACCAUUAUUCUAAUCUCAUUCCCAAUUCGUGAUCUCAUUCUUCUUAGUCAUCGAUAAAUGUCGCUGAAUUAUUACUUUCUUCGGUCAAUUUCUCGGAAAUGACUAUAGUAAAAUGUAAUCGUAGAAGUAUUUCAUCGACGUAUUAUCUGUGCAAGAGUUGAUAAUUUUUCGAUUGCUCGCGUUGUAUGGUCUUACAUUUUUAUUCCGAAAUGAAAUCGUAAAUUGUUAUUGUUCAUUAGAGAACAAUUACCUAUAAUGUUUCGUGACCUGAACAAUUUUUGCGAACAUACACAUUUUUAAAAAAUAAUAUAAGUAGGUUAUCUUUAUCUACAUUUCUGGUUGCCUAAAGUGUACAAUGCAUAGAUGAUCUGACUACUCGUGAAUUGAAUAAGGAGUGACUAAUUAGAGUGUAAUAGAGAAAAAUACCUGAAUUAGUCGGCUGUAGUCAUUCGUCUUUAAUUUAUCCUUAAUUUCUGUGUAACAUUACAUUACGAGUAUGUACACAAUAUACAUAUGUACUAAAGAGCUUGUACUACUUACUACCCUUCGGUAUUGGUCGAAAGGAAACACUGAUUCGCGUAAUCGCGUAUUUACAUUCGCUAAAGCAUCACAAUGCGAUGGUCCAUUCACCAUCUUUAGCGUUAGCAUUUUUUCCUCCAAAUUUUAUCAUCUAUCGCGAAAAAUCACCCAGCUUAAAAAUUAAAUCAAAAUCCCAUACAUUUCCCUCUACAAUUAGCUCAAUAGGUAAUUGAUUAGAAUAAAACGGCGUAUACUUUAUCAUUGGAGCACUCUCGCAUUGUAGCCUUCCAAGUGUGAGAAUUUACACACGAGGGUGAAUAUGAGCUAUGCUACGCGUUCCGUAGCCCAACAGGGUAGCGAUAUUAACCCUGUUAAGGUAGAAAUGUGGCAACAAAAUUCCUAUUUGUCCGAUUCCGGUAUCCAAACCGGCUUGGUUACGCAGACGCCUUCGUUGUCGGGCAAGGAAGAGGACAUGGAGAGGGAUCAAAUUUUAUUCGAUUUGGAUCAGGGAUUCAAUCAAGGAUUUACUGCCGAACAAGUCGACGAAAUGAGCCAACAAUUGAAUCACACGCGGAGUCAACGAAUUCGUGCCGCAAUGUUCCCAGAAACGCUGGAGGAGGGAAUCGAAAUCCCUUCGACUCAAUUUCAUCAAGGCCAACCGACAGCUGUGCAACGAUUGACCGAACCUAGCCAAAUGUUGAAACACGCUGUCGUCAAUUUAAUUAAUUAUCAAGACGACGCGGAAUUGGCGACUAGAGCCAUACCGGAAUUGGUCAAACUGCUCAGUGAUGAAGAUCAAGUGGUCGUUUCGCAAGCAGCUAUGAUGGUUCAUCAGCUCUCCAAAAAAGAGGCUUCUAGACACGCGAUAAUGAAUAGCCCACAGAUGGUUGCCGCUUUGGUUCGAGCAAUAUCCAAUAGUAACGACUUAGAAACCACCAAAGGAGCAGUCGGAACCCUGCAUAAUUUAUCUCAUCAUCGACAAGGACUUUUAGCCAUAUUUAAGAGCGGAGGCAUCCCAGCUCUCGUAAAAUUGCUGAACUCAACGGUGGAAUCUGUGCUUUAUUACGGUAUUACAACGCUGCACAAUCUGCUGUUGCAUCAAGAAGGUUCCAAAAUGGCGGUACGUUUAGCCGGCGGAUUGCAGAAAAUGGUGGUGCUGUUGCAGCGUAACAAUGUGAAAUUCCUUACUAUUAUAACCGAUUGCCUGCAAAUCUUGGCUUACGGUAAUCAAGAAUCCAAACUUAUCAUCCUGGCUUCGCAAGGACCCACCGAAUUAGUUCGUAUUAUGCGUACGUACGACUACGAGAAAUUAUUGUGGACGACGUCUCGAGUACUCAAAGUUUUGUCCGUGUGCUCGAGUAAUAAACCAGCCAUCGUGGAAGCUGGCGGAAUGCAAGCUCUCGCAAUGCAUCUGAACCAUCCUAGCCAACGUUUGGUUCAGAAUGUAUUGUGGACUCUGCGUAAUUUAUCGGACGCGUCUACCAAAGUGGAAGGACUGGAGGGAUUGUUGCAAUCGCUGGUGCAGCUUUUGGGUUCGACCGAUGUGAAUGUGGUGACAUGCGCCGCCGGCGUACUUUCCAAUUUGACCUGCAAUAACCAAAGAAAUAAAGUCACAGUAUGCCAGUGCGGCGGUAUCGAUGCUCUCGUUAGAACUAUCGCCAACGCCGGAGAUCGAGAAGAAAUUACAGAACCUGCGGUGUGCGCUUUACGACAUCUCACAUCGAGACACGUAGAAUCGGAAAUGGCUCAGAACGCAGUGCGGAUCAAUUACGGUAUACAGGUGAUCGUGAAACUGCUGCAUCCGCCGUCACGUUGGCCGUUGGUCAAAGCGGUUAUCGGAUUGAUUAGAAAUUUAGCUCAGUGCCAAGCUAAUCACGCUCCUCUGCGCGAACACGGCGCUAUACAUCAUUUGACCAGGCUUUUGAUGCGAGCCUUCCAAGAUACUCAAAGGCAACGCUCGAGCGUGGCCAGCACCGGUAGCCAGCCAGCUGCAGCUUAUGCGGAUGGUGUCCGUAUGGAAGAAAUAGUCGAAGGCGCUGUCGGCGCUCUUCAUAUACUCGCUCGAGAAUCACACAACAGAGCUAUCAUUCGAUCGCAACAAGUCAUUCCUAUAUUCGUUCAACUGCUGUUCAACGAAAUAGAAAAUAUUCAACGAGUGGCGGCGGGUGCCCUUUGCGAAUUAGCUGUCGAAAAAGAAGGCGCCGAACUUAUCGAACAAGAGGGUGCUACAGCUCCGCUCACCGAAUUACUACAUUCUAGGAAUGAAGGUGUCGCUACAUACGCGGCUGCAGUAUUAUUCCGUAUGUCCGAAGACAAACCUCAGGAUUAUAAGAAACGACUAUCCAUGGAGUUGACCAAUUCGUUGUUCAGAGAUGAUCAAAAUGUUUGGCCACCUAGUGGCGAUCUGGGAAUGGGCACAGACCUGCAGGAUAUGUUAGGCGAAGAUAGUUAUAACAUGUACGGGCAUGGGCCCGUUAGUGUUACGAGUCAAAAUUACCAUCAUCCAGGGUAUGACACGUUACCCUUGAACGGAACUCGAGAUCAUUUGGACGAAUUACCUACGCCUCCUUUGGAGAAUGAUAUAGUCGCCGCAUGGUACGACACCGACCUGUGACUUUCUGCCAAAUCAUAUUUAAUUGCGAAUGUUUUCUUUUAUUCGUUUGUUUUAUUUAUUUAUUUUUCAAUUCUAUUAAGUAAAUAUUUUCUUCAUUUUCUGUUUUCGAUCUCUAAAACCGCAGUUUAUCCACCGUUUUUAUUGUCAAACGAUAUUCGUUUGUACCUUAAGCGUUUUAUAUUAUAAAUCUUUUUUAUUUUUAAAUACCUACAUAUUUCGUCAUUAGUAAGCGAGUAUAGGCCUACUAUGUAAUGAUUUAUGAGAAGUGAGAACACUCUAGUUGGAAUUAUACCGUAGUAUUAUUUGAAUCUCGAAGUAUUAUUACUGUAAGUAGUCUAUUUAUGUAUUUUGUAAAAUAUUUUUAGCGUUAAGUGCAAACGUUUUUUUUCUUUUAUUAUAUUGUUCAGCGCUAUUCCAAAAAUGUUGAAGGUUUUUCAACUCUUUUAUUUUACUUAAUUUUUUUUUACGUAAGUAUUUUUCAUUUUUUGUUUAGGUACAUUUUAGAAAUGUGCUCCUAUUUCUGAUUUUGUACUGCUUUUUUUUCUUCUGUUACUUGUUAUUAUAAUCAUUAAAUAUAUCUAAUGAUUGAACACAAAUUGUAAGCUGUUUUCUGUUCAUUAUUUUAUGUACUUACUUAUGUAGUGGGAAAUUAUAGGUUCCGGAACUACUACAUCAGGCAUUUUUUUUUUUGUUUUUUUUUUUUGGUUCUUGUUUUUGUGGUAAGAACAACAUAUAACUACAAGUUUAGCACUUCAUUUAUGGGUACUACCUACUUAAAGUUGGCAAAAAUUUUAAACUGUACAUGUAUACUGUCUUGUAAUGGCGAGAAUUCGUUAAAAAUAUAAAUUUCGUAUGUUUAA